AUGUUCCGACGCCCACGCCAGACCACCGCCGACGGCCUCUCCCUGCGCCUGAGCAAGAUCCUCCACCCGAUCCCCGUGAUUCCCUGGAGCGCACUCGCGAUGUGGUAUCUGGGCGUUCCCGUCGGAGUUGGGGCCCCCAUGAUCGUAGUCCGGGACGCCGCCAACUACCCCACCGCGCAAUCCCGCCUAGCGAAGGCCGGGUUCAAACGAAGCGUGCCCAACCGCAACCCCCACCCCCAGCAGAUGCUGGGCGGGAUCAACGCCGGCUACCACCGCGUAGAUCGCUCGUGCGCCGUGUUCGAUUAUCGGGACGACGAUCCAAGCGACAAGGCCAUGCAGCUGUACCUGUACCUGUUUCCGAACUUGUUCGCGCAUGUUUUUGAUGGUUGGCGGUGGCAGGAGGCUCCCCGACAUGAGACAGCACAGCGAUACGAGAGCUACGGUAACCUGCACUACGCGCUGGAGCGAGCGCUGGUGGGGAGCUUAGUCCGGGCGGCGGUUGAGGAGGAAUCCGCCACGGGCUUUUCGGCGUGGGGCGAGGACCUGCGGUCCUGCGUGGCGAUGAUGAAUGGGUAUCUGGAGGUGGACAAUGAUGCGCUGGAUUACUGUGCUGAUGAGCAGGUUGUGGACUGGUAUAGUCGCAAUUUUGGCCGGAUUCGGGAGGCCAGGUUCGGGCCCAUGGAUCAUCGCGUAUCCAAGCGCUUGGGGUCGGGGAGGGAGAUGCCGGUUGAUACGCGGGGGAAUCCCAUCUAG